UCCUCUCUUAUGAUUGGUUCAUAAACCAACUGAGUCCACAAGCGAGGCUUUGAUUGGUCGAUAGCUGAAAAACAGGUAGUGGGAACAGCGUUACGCGGUUGUGUGUCGUGCAGUCGUCGUCUUCAUCAUGGAGAAACCUUUGUUACCAAGGGAGUCUGGCCAGUUCAUAGCUGAGCAGAGUAGAGAUGUGUUUGUGGAGGAUGAAGGCGUGGAGAAGGUGGCAGAGAUGCUCUACAGUCUCCGACACAGUGACGACCUGACUGCCAGUGGCUGGAAGAAGGCAAAUCCAUUGGCCCCGGCACCCACAUCUGACCAGGCACUGAACUGGGUGUUCGUGGUGGACACCAUGAACUUUUCCUUUUGGCCAGAGAAAGAAACCCAACAGUGUGGGGUGACUUAUAAAGGGACCAUGUACACAGGCUACAUGACCCUGUGUGCUGCCAUCACCAGAGCCAUGGAAGAAGGUGUACCCAUUACUGAUCCAAAGUACUUCUCUCAGAUGAGUGUGGAGGAGUUGGGACAUAUCCUUCGGUCAGACAAUGAAACACCCAUGCCGAUGCUUCGGGAGCGUCAUCAGGUGCUGACAGAAGGCGGCCGUGCGCUGCUGGAACACGGUGGAAGCUUCCGCACUUUUAUCAGCCAAGCCGGAAACGACGCCCGGAAGAUGGUGGAGCUCAUUGUGGAGAAGAUCCCCUCCUACAGGGAUGAAGCUACAUAUGAGGGUAAAAGGAUCGCAUUCUACAAGCGAGCCCAGAUCCUUGUGGCAGAUUUCUGGGGUAUCAUGGAGGCCAGAGGGCAGGGUGACAUCAUCAACAUGGACUGGCUCACCAUGUUUGCGGACUACAGGGUUCCUCAGGCACUUGUUUACUUAGGAGCGCUCCGAUACUCUGAUACACUGAUGCAGGUGUUGAAGAACGGUGAGCUUCUGUCUUCAGGAGACCGGAGAGAAGUUGAGAUCCGAGGUUGUUCCAUUUGGUGUGUGGAGCUGAUCAAAGACCGUCUCAGCAAGCUGGUGCAGGAGAGGGAUGGACAGCCGUGCAGUGUGAACUCUGUUAUCAUCGACUUUUACCUGUGGCCUUACGCCAAGCAGCACCACAUAGAGAUGGCCCACAUUCCCAUACACCACACACGCUGUAUUUACUAUUGAUGAGCUGCCUGGCAGCCGUACAUACAGGAGGCUGCAGUUUUCAGUCUGCCUUUCGCUGGGCUAAAGCCAAGCACAUCUCUGUGCCAGGUAGACAUACAAACAGACUUCUCAGCUGCAAUGGAAACAGCUGCGAAGUGUUAAUGCAGCUUGUUUGUCUGAGUGGGCACUGCUGUUCAUUUCCAAUCACUUAAAAAUGUUUAUUGUUGGUUGUUUUCUCACAAACCUCUUACUGUAGAGCAGUUGAUCACAUUAUGCCAAUCUGCAUAUGCUGUGUAAGCAUGUAAUGGCUAACAAAUACUAUUCAUUAAACAAGAGGAGCAAUAUAA